AUGAGGGCGAACAGGAUUCUUUGCUGCCCCACGGUCUUCUUUAUAUUUGGAGUAGGGUCAUGUAUUGCUGCUGGCAGUCCUCCAACCGCCGACAUAAGCCGACUUUUCCAUGGCGCAAAUUCUUGGGAUGAUGCCGUCUCGACUCUACUACAUGCUCUGGAAGGCCACGAAGCGCCUGACGAGGCCAAUCUUCCACAGCAUGAUCCUUCGUAUAGCUCUGCGGAACACGAAGAGAUUGGGGGACCCCUUGGCGAGGCUAUCAUGCAAAGCCGUAGGGGAUCCGGAGACGCUUUUGCUUCAGCAACCAGCUCCUCUUCGUCGCCAUUGGUCAAUGAAGAAGCCAUUGAUCCUCACCCGAGUGGCACGUUCCCGAUGUCUCUGACCACCAGUCCUACACGUUCACGUACAAUCAAUCAUGCGCCGCAUCUACUCGAGGUCAAAGCGCUGUCGAUCCAAGAACGAUCCGAGAUCCUUUAUGAUCUGCAUUUUGCGAUGUCCAGGAGGCGCUUUCGGGAUGACAGACAAACUGCCUGGCCUCUACUGAUGGAGAACAUGAGUCCUGUCGACUACCAGAACCUCUACACCAGUCUGACCGGGGCUCGAUAUCGUGGUAAGGAGCACCUCAGGUAUCUGUGGAUUAGAGACGGUGUAACUUAUUCGCUCAGCAGGCCAAAGGAAGCCUCAGAUGGAUUCGUUAGGAUGCAUGGCUCGAAUGGUCUGCGGAAUGAAAACGUCUAUGCCGUCUGGAGGCUCGAGUACUACGAGCAGAUGAGAAUAUGGAGGUACCUGGGUGCUGUCAAGGUGCCUGGCCGCAGACCUCUCGAAACGCUUACGUGGGCCCAGCUUUCCAAAUAUUUCAGCGUGUCGAAGCCGACUGUCUUCCUGAACGAUGCAGCUCACCUUGAUCCUGAUCAGACCUUUAUUUCUGAAGGCCAGCCUCAUUCCUAG